AUGGACUUCUGGACUCGGUCUCCUCCUACCCCUGGCUUCGGGUCCCAUUUCCACGGGGCCCGUCGCCCUCCGUUCCGGGGUCCCGAGUCUCCUCCUGUCCUGCGGGGCCUGGGCUCCUCCCAGGCCCGUUUCUCCCGAGUGGCAUCCAGCUUCCCAAAGAAGAGCCAGUUCCUUCCUUCCGCCGUCGAAGUGCCGCUCCCCGCAUCUUGA